GGCGCUCUCCAUGUGUUUUACGAGCCUUUGUUUAUGCCGAUGUGGAUAUGUUGACUUUUUAACAAUUUUGAGAAACGCUUUUCCGGAUGUAAAUCUUUGAUGUGGAUCAAGAAUAGCCAGUAACAUAACAAUGAGUUCUGAUGACCUAUACACGGUCAAGAUUGAGCCCCUGACCAGCGGCCCGGAGGUGGUGGUGGUGGACUCGGAGCCCCCCAUGAGACGAGUCUUGGAUCAUCAUCAUCUCCAGCAGCAGCAACAGCAGCAGCAGCAGCAGCAGCUGGCAGCGCGUGAGGAAGAGCACAAGCUCAGGACCCACUAUCUCCUGGCGGGGGGACAGGACACUACCGCGGGGGUUGCACCUGUACCUGUGCAUUUAAGAAAUACCGCCGUCCCGAUGCAAGUGGUGGACAACCCUUACGCCAACGGGAUGCAGGCCCAGAACCAGCUGAUGGAACAGGUACGAAACCUGGAGACAGAGUUAGCACGGACCAAACAGGAAAUCAACCAACUGAAGGAGCUCAACACACGACUCCAACAAGGUAUUCCUGAUGUAAUACGCAAGACGCUUCGUGAUGAGUUGCGCAAACCCCGCUGGUCAGCCUUGAAUCCACAGGACCAAGCAGUCCAAGGCAGCGCUGCCUCCAACAAGCCCAGAACGGCAAGCAGCAAUGCCCAGAAGCGUCACAAGCCCAGCCCCAUGCAGCGGGCUGUGCUGAAAGCACGCGACUCGCCAGCCAAGAUGACCAAGAAACUGCUGACGUCUUUCUUUGACCGGGAGACGUUGGCCACCAGUACGCUGACGGGGAAAGGUGGCAAGUCCAAGACACUGACCAAGGCGCAACUGGAUCCCACAGUGGUAAAAAAUGUCGUAGACAAAGUCACUGCAACCUUCGGCAUCAGCGAGUGUUCGGUCCGCAACGUCAUCUCGCAGAAGUGCAAGGAAGAGAUGAUGAUCCGACGCAGGCGGCUGGGGCUGGACGCGAAGUCAAAGUGAGAGGCAAGCACGCCGUCACGCCUCUUUAAAUAGGGAUCUGAUCGUAACUUGGAUCGUAGGUAUCGGCGCCAGUGUGUGUACGUGAGGCUGUGCCAUACUCCAUGCAAAAUGCGAGUUGGUAAAAACAAAAAUGUUUGGAGUGCAGGCAAUCGCAGAAAAUUCGACCUAACGGUGUUACGCACAGAAAUGAAAAGGUUCAUAAAGUUGAAGUCAAGGGCAUUAGAAGAACACAUUUUUAAAAUGUGUACACUUGGAGAUAAUUUUUAAACAAGAAAAGAAAUUACCUUAGAGAUAUACCGUCAGUGCUGUUCAAUAAAGUUGAUUCUUUUUCUCCUAACAAUUAGGAGUGUUUUAUUUA